ACAAGAUAUUAGAAGGACGGCGUCGUAAAUAUUUAUUUGACAAAGUGGGUUGUGAGGGCAGAGCGAGAGGGAGAGGGAGAGGGAUUGGAGUUGGGAGGAAUAGAAUACGCCUUGGAUCUUAUUCAGCUCAACUCAGAUAUGGUUAUCCCACCCCCUGUAAGGCCUCCCAGGAUCACACAAUUUCUCAAACCUUAUGUUCUGAAGAUGAAUUUUACCAAUAAGUAUGUGAGUGCCCAGGUGAUUCACAGCCCAACUGCUACUGUAGCCUCUUCUGCAAGCUCGCAGGAGAAAGCGUUGAGAUCAUGCUUGGAAACUAGUCGCGAUGUGGCUGCAGCUGCAAAGAUUGGGAAGAUACUAGCAGAACGCCUUUUGCUUAAGAACAUUCCUGCUGUUUCUGUUCACUUGAAGAGAGAGCAGAAGUAUCAUGGUAAGGUUAAAGCGGUUAUUGAUUCUCUCAGGGAAGCUGGUGUUAAGCUGCUUUGAGCAUGAUUGUUUAAUUGUACCUUAGAGAGAACAUCCUUGUUGGAUCUUAUUUUUUAGGUUUUCGUCAUUACAGCAAGUUACUGAUUGAUCAUAUUUCUCAAAGACCUUAGUUAAUUACGUUACUAGAAAUAAGAUGAGUGUUGAUGGUUGCUUAGAUUGUCUA